AUGAAUUCGCCGUCUCGCUCGCUUGCCGCUCGGCCUUUGAUGCUGGGUUUGGCAAAGCUUCUCUUCAUCGCGAUCGCGCAAAUUCCAUUUACAGCCGCGGCUCCCGUCUUAUCGCCUCUGUUCAGUUCCGCCGACGCAGAACCACCAAAAGAACCGACCGAUCCGAGUUUAUGGCUCUUCUUGGGGAUUUCAGCCGCUCUUGUCCUCAGCGGGGGUGCAUUUGCAGGGUUGACUAUUGCUUUGAUGGGACAGGAUGAAGUCUACCUUCAAGUCAUCAAAACAUCAGGCGAGGGGGUAGAACGAAAAAAUGCCGCCAGUGUCCUUAACCUUCUGAGUCACGGAAAACACUGGGUUCUUGUCACCCUUCUUCUCAGCAAUGUGAUCACGAACGAAACCUUACCUAUCGUCCUCGACCGAACACUAGGGGGUGGUUGGCCUGCUGUCCUAGGUAGCACGGCUUUGAUUGUCAUAUUCGGCGAGGUUGUCCCUCAAUCUAUCUGCGUUCGUUAUGGCCUUCCGAUCGGGGCAUGGAUGGCACCUUGUGUCUUGGGCUUGAUGUACAUCAUGUCCCCCGUCGCCUGGCCAAUCGCAAAACUUCUGGACCGUCUUCUUGGUGAGGAUCAUGGGACCAUCUACAAAAAAGCCGGCUUGAAAACGCUCGUCACCCUCCACAAAACCUUGGGCGAAGCCGGGGAGCAACUUAACUCCGACGAAGUCACCAUCAUCAGCGCCGUUCUGGAUCUCAAAGAGAAGUCAGUCGGCAGUAUCAUGACACCCAUGGAAGAUGUCUUUACCAUGUCCGCCGACACCGUCCUCGACGAGCGAACAAUGGAUCUUAUUCUCUCACAAGGCUACUCCCGCAUUCCCAUCCACGCUCCCGACAAUCCCGUCAACUUUGUUGGCAUGCUCCUAGUCAAGAUGUUGAUUACCUACGAUCCCGAAGACUGCAAGUGCGUUCGUGAAUUCGCACUCGCCACACUCCCCGAAACGCGCCCUGAGACGAGUUGUCUUGACAUCGUCAACUUUUUCCAGGAGGGCAAAUCACACAUGGUCCUUGUUUCUGAAUAUCCGAGUGAGGAUCGUGGCGCCCUUGGUGUUGUCACUCUCGAAGACGUCAUUGAAGAAUUGAUUGGCGAAGAGAUCAUCGACGAGUCCGAUGUCUUCAUUGAUGUCCACAAAGCUAUCCGGCGCAUGGCACCUGCACCAAAGUCCCGCGUCCCCAAGGGCAAGAUUGUUGAGGAACCACCCUUGAAUGCCUCGGUUGUAUCUGAUGGCAACUUGAUUGACGUUGAUACCGUCAAACCCCCAUCGGUUCCUAAACCUGCCGACUUGAUCCGGCGACGCAGCUCCGUGGAGGCGCCACUCCCCCGCUUUCAGCUUCGCAAGACAAAUGCGGACAUCAACUCCAAUUCGACAAAUGAAUGGGUCACACAAAUGGGCACGACUGACGCGAUCCGAGAACAUCUAAAGCAUCUCGGCCCCUCCAAUCUCGCUAGUCGACCACGCCAAACUCGUUACCAUGCCGUCAAAAUCAAACGCAAUGGUACUUCUCCUUCUCGCUCCGCACAAACCGAUCACGAGUCUGGACAAAGCAUCUCCGACUCCCAAAAGCAUCUCCCAUCAUCCGCCGCUUACCAAGGCGGCAUUGGUGCAGGCCUGCUCAACUCUGCUGGACCUGACGCUAAAGAUGGUGCACAUGCCCUGAAGAUCGGCUACGGUACGAUUUCAUCAUCUGAGAAUGCGACCAAGGGAACGAGCGCCCAACAGUACAAGGAUCUUCCUCAUGUUUCAAUCCCCGAAUCAGUCCGCGAGGAACACGAAGACCAAACGCGUUCUGGGUUGACGCGGGAGGUCUGUCGUGGUGACCCAGGAUCCGAAAAUUACGAAAACGAAAACCAAACGCGUUCUGGGUUGACGCGGGAGGUGAGUAGUAACGCCGAGUAUGAAUACGAACACCCGACGCGUUCUGGGUUGACGCCGAAGGCUAGUAGUACAGAGCAAGAAUACGAACACCCGACGCGUUCUGGGUUGACGCCGAAGGCUAGUAGUACGGAAGGCAGCAUCAAAUCAUCCGACUCCCCGACUGGAUUUCCCUACCAUCAUCGUGGACCGGCACGCAGUGGCAGCAUCACCGAACAAGUUGUGGAUGUGAAUGGUAUUCGCAAGGUUGUUCUCCAUGCCAAUUGCUCCAGUUCCUCCGAGGGUGAAUCCCAGUCCGGCCAUCAGCACAGCAAGCAUUCGUCCUCCGGGCAAAGUCACACUGACGGGACAGCGCCUGAGAUGGAUGAUACGCAAUCUCAAGCUGCGGACGGUAUGCUCUCCAAAAUCAAGAAACGUCGUCGCCGAAAGAAGCACGCCAAAAAUUCCAAAUCAUCUGGCGGUCCUUCGGAAGAACAACCUUUACUACAGUGA